AGAAGCUCAGCGCUGUGCAGCAUAGAGGAGGCAGCGGAGUGGAGCGGCGCGCACAGUUACAGCGGGCUGUUGCAGCAAGGCAGCAUCAUGGAGGCUGGAUGCGUGGUUGCCGCGGUGAUUGAGAAUGCUGCCUCAGGACCCCAGGGAGAACCAGGAAGUAGUGACGUCCUUGAGGGUGAUGUGCUACCAUCUACGGACCUGGACAAAGACGAUGCCUUACCUCAAGCUGCCAACAGUAAUCCUCCAGAAGAGAAACAGCCACAGGAGACAUCCACUGCCAUGGCGAGGAGUGAUGACAUCACAGAGCACCCAGCCGAGCCCCUCCUGCGCUCCUGCGUCAGCACGGCCAGCAUGAAGGUCAAGAACAUGAAGAAGCUGACGUUCCCCAGAGGUCACUUCCCCAGAUUGGCAGAGUGUGCCCAUUUCCACUAUGAGACUGUUGAUUUUGGCAACGUCCAGUUGGCCUUCGCAGAGGGGCAGGCUGAAGCACCGAAGGCUGGUCCGGACUCCAAGGAGCUGGUCUUUCUGGUGCAGAUCACUUGCCAGGGUAAAAACUGGCUGGUGAAGCGAUCCUAUGAAGACUUCCGGGUGCUGGACAAACACCUGCACCUGUGCAUCUAUGACCGCCGUUACUCCGAGCUCACCGAGCUGCCACGAUUCAACACGUUAAAGGACACCGUCGAGGCUGUUACAACGAUGCUGGCCACCUACCUGUCCCGCUUCUCUGCCAUCGCUGACAACAAGAUCAACUGUGGUCCAGUGCUCACAUGGAUGGAGAUCGACAACAAAGGCAACCAUCUGCUGGUGUCUGAAGAAGCCUCGAUCAAUGUCCCCGCCAUCGCUGCUGCCCACGUCACCAAGCGCUACACGGCCCAGGCCACAGACGAGCUGACCUUUGAGGUGGGCGACAUUGUGUCAGUGAUCGACAUGCCUCCUAAAGAAGACACAGGCUGGUGGAGAGGGAAGCAUGGCUUUCAGGUUGGUUUCUUCCCCUGCGACUGUGUUGAGCUGAUAAAUGACAAGAUCCCCCCCAGUGUUCAGAGCUCAGUGCCGAAGCCAGUGUGUAAGAAGCAUGGGAAGCUGGUGACUUUCCUGAGGUCUUUCAUGAAGUCUCGACCGCCGCCGCAGAAGCUCCGGCAGCGCGGUAUCCUCCGAGAGCGAGUGUUUGGCUGCGAUCUGGGGGAACAUCUCCACAACUCAGGACACGAGGUCCCACAGGUUGUGAAGAGUUGUUCGGAGUUCAUAGAGAAGCACGGAGUCGUGGACGGGAUCUACAGACUCUCAGGGAUCUCUUCCAACAUUCAGAAGCUGAGGCACGAGUUUGACUCCGAGCAGAUCCCAGACCUGAGCAGAGACGUCUUCAGACAGGACAUUCACUCAGUGGGCUCCCUCUGCAAGCUGUACUUCAGAGAGCUGCCCAACCCUCUGCUCACCUACCAACUCUACGACAGAUUCUCAGAGGCCGUGUCUGCAGCCACAGACGAGGAGAGGCUGGUCAAAAUCCACAAUGUCAUCCAGCAGCUGCCUCCUCCACAUUACAGGACUCUGGAGUUCCUCAUGAGACACCUCUCCCACCUCGCCACCUUCAGCUCCAUCACGAACAUGCACACGAAAAACCUAGCGAUCGUCUGGGCGCCUAACCUCCUCAGGUCCAGACAGAUAGAGUCGGCCUGCUUUAGCGGCACGGCGGCGUUCAUGGAGGUGCGCAUCCAGUCGGUAGUGGUGGAGUUCAUCCUCAACAACACUGAGGCUCUCUUCAGCCCCAAACUCAACGCCAUCAUAAGAGAAAGUACUGGUAACAACACCUUAUCCAGACCAAAGUCCCUGAUGGUCUGCUCCCCGUCCACUAAGCUGCUGUCUUUAGAGGAGGCUCAGGCUCGCACUCAGGUGCAGCUGGGCUCCCCGGCUACCACCCCCUGCCUCACACACAGCGACUACAUCGAGGUCGGGGAGGGACCUGGAGCUCUCCUCGGCAAGUUCCACACAGUCAUCGAGCUCCCGAUGGAGAGCGGCAAGCGGCCUCCUGCCAAGGCUAAGAAGUCUCCUGUGGGGAACUGGCUCUCCUUUUUCCACCUGGGCAAGUCCCAUUCUGUGUCCAAACGUAAGCUGAAGCGACACCCGAGUGAGCCUAACGAGAUAAAGAGCAUUGCACUGCCAGGUGGAAGGGGCGAUAGCGGCACACUGCGCUCUACCAAGAGUGAAGAAUCUCUCACCUCUUUGCACAAUUUUGAAGGGGAACCUCCGAGUUACCGUCCCCUCAGACCUCGUUCAACCAGUGAGGCCGUUUCUGCUGUCAGUAAAGACGAUUUACACAAUACUGGAAGUAAAAACGAGCGCAGAACUCAGCCACUGAACGACAGUCCGAAUGGUGCUGAUCAUGUCCGCACUGCAGCUUGUAUUUCACCUCCACACCAGGAAGACGACCUCGACCUCUUCCCGCCGGCUGCGGGCAUCUCUACUUUGGACUUUGACCCCAUGUCUUUUCAGUGCAGCCCACCCACAGCGACCCCCGGACCCCAGCACGGCAAAGAUGGAAAUAAAUGGAGGAAAAACGCAGGGUGUUCCAGUGAAUCAGAGCCCAUCUCUUCUCCGAACAACAACUUUAGCUGCUCACAGUCUCCAGAUAUUAGCCCCAUUCUCGGUAAAGGUGGGAAGAAGGUUACCUCCAAGCAGCUCUCUCCAAAACUCAGGAAGAAAUCAUUUAAGACGCAAGCAGAUGUUCAGUGUGCAGCCGCCUCUCUGCCCCCUCUGCCGGCUUCUUCUCCCCCAGUGGAUAAGUGUGAAGCUGCAGUGGCAGAUGGAAAACAGCCCAGAGCGCCCUAUCAACACUGCAGCCCACUCAGCACAGCGAGCCAGGCGUCAGCCACGACAGACCUCAGUCAAUCUGCACAGAACUUGCCUGAUCCAGGAACAGAUAGAUUUAUGAGUUCAGUGUCUGUUCUCCCUCCUCACCCUCCCUUGACGAGUGCUGCACGCAAGUUGGCUUUGGCUCUGGCCGAAUCUGCCCAGAAGGCGAGCAGUGGCUCCCAAAGACGAAGCAACACCCCAUCGCACCCUCUGCAGAGACAGGAAGUGCCCCACGCCCAGGACAGACUGCCACGGCCCUCCGUUCUUGAUCUCAAGGUGUACCCUCAGGAGUACUGUGGCCCUCAUAUCCCGUCUGUUUCCCAGUGGCAGACAUCGGCGCACAGCCCCGUGGAGGCCCACUGCUGUCCCCAUCCAGCUCAUUUCCUGCCUUCGCACCUCUGCUCAGAGCCGCUACAGGUCGCUGACGGACAGGAGAGCAUGUGCAAUUUCACUCCUAAUGUCAGCCCGCUCGGGUCAGGGAGCCUAGACGAAGGCAGCGCAGAGAGGAGGGACCACGGAGAGGAAAAAGAGCUUCGAGAUAUGACACAAGCAGAGCACACCUAUCAGAGCGUUGGAGUCUCGACGCCCACUCAGCCUGUCUGCUCGGCUCAGAGCCCGUCAACUUCUCCCGUAUACGUCAACGCAGACUCUAUCAAUGUUUUUAACUUCCGCGCUGUUCUGGCAGAGACCUCCAUGCCUGCCUCCAUUGAGGAGGUCUUUCCACGUCCAUUACAGCCCCCCUCGGCCCGUCACUACAGCCCAGAGGAGGACAGACCUCUGGGCAUGGUGGAGAACGUCUACAGUAAUCAUCACCACCACCACCAUCAUCCUCCUCCUCAUCAUCAUCACCGGCCGAUUCAAGCAGGACGAAUGCCUGCACCUCACUGCCCUCGGCCUGAUGCUCUGCCGCCUCACCUCUCCGGGCCAAAAGGCUUAUACAGGCAGUCCUCUGAAAGCCGCUACAGCACUUUAGGUUUACGGCACCCUUUGUCACCUCAGUACAGACGCUACCGUAGAGAUGAGCACCUUAUCAGCGGCUGCCCUAGGCAACAAAGCCAGUGGCAGAGGUCAGAAGAUAGGGCAGGCGGGCACCCGGCCAUCCGGAGGGCUCGCUCCUUCCAUGCCCCUCAGAUUAGUCACUACGAGUUGGCAGAGACAGAAGUCCUGCCCCCUGACACCAUGUUUUAUGUCGAGCAAACAACAAGCCAGGAGGCUCCCUAUCAGAGGAUGAUUCAAGCCGGUCUUCACCCUGUACGCCCGCAGUUUGAGGACACACAUGCUGACUACCAUUACAACCCCUAUCCAGAUAUGAGCCCCGUUGAAGGCUCCCGCUAUCACAUAGAGCCCUGCCGGGAAAGUGGUAUCCGACACAGCCAGUCUUACACCGUGCGUUCCACAAGAGAUAGCGGACAGCCAGAUUACUACAACUACUCUCCACGUCGGGUCCCUCCUGUGAACAGAGAGCUUUACAUAGAAAGCAGGGACACAGUAGUUUACGAGGCUAGAGAUUCGGAAGUUUUUGAAAGAGUCGUAUAUCAACCAGUCAAGCAGGAGAAUAAAUCCAGACUUAAAAACACAUAUCCAGCUGUGUCUCCCUGCGAGAGUCCCGUCUCGCCAACUGACACCAGAAACAGAGACAUAAUGCACACCAGAAGCAAGUCAGACCCCGGAAACGCCUGCCUCCUCUCCACCGACAAGGCGGAAAGCCAAAACUUUGUAGUUACAUCCCCAACCUCCCCGAGGUCACAAAAGGCAGAUGCUGAGUUCACCAGGCAGCAGUUUGGUCACCGGUCCAGCGUGGAAUCGGGACCAUCGAGGCGGAUUCAAAUCAAACACAGUUCCUCGCAGCAGCAGCAGCAGCCGCCGCUCCGCAAGGUCCCCUCACUCCCGGAAAGAGGCUGUCCCAACCUCAAGAACAUCGAGCACAAUGACAGAAGCCAUACCCGGGGUCACGACCGCGAUCGAUUAAUGAUGACCAACGCUGUCAACAGCUACUCUGGUGUUGUGAAACCCAGCAUCCUCAGGAGACCCGGGCGGUCGCAGAGCACCAGAGAAAAUCGUCACUACUAUCAUUAUCAUGCCAAAUCCCCUCUGGAUCCUGAACAUCUGGGAUCCUUUUCCACUCAGCCCAACAGAAGGACUCAGAGCACUAAAGUCAGGCCCACACAAUAUGACCACAUGGAGGGGUAUUACGUGGCGCCCAAACCUAAACCCACAAGAUCCGGUAAAGCCGUGGCAGGAUAUUUGCCUGGCCAGAGCUGCAUGUCUCCCCGCGGGCACAGACUGCUGUCCAAGGCUCUGGGUCAUGAGGCUUUUUAUCAUGCUGCACUGAGAUCAGAGGCCGGUGUCUACGAGUGAUUCUGACCACUGGUUUUUAUCUGAUUCCACAUCGGGGCCAAAGGAGAACUGCACUUUAUCCUCAGCCACACCAACAGACUGUUGUGUUGAAAGUGUGUUUGUUGUAACCUUCACGAGCUGCUACAAAAAGUGUGAAGCGAGGCUGCUGCUGGGGAUCCUACUGUCAGCACCGCCGGUAGUUACAUAUUUUGCAAAAGGCUUCUGGGAAAGGGAGGAAUCCAAUCGAAUGCAGGUUUUGUCUUAAAUUAAAAGAUCCGAGAGCAACAGUUGAGAAGCAUGUUUGAGAAAAAGAUGGCUGACGUGUAUUUUAUUUAAUGUCUAAACAACGUGACAAGGGACAACAAGGUAUAUUAACUGGUUCUAUUAUUAUUAUGAUUUUAACGUUUAGGAAUGUGUAUUAAAUAACAUUCAUUUUAAAUGUAUUAUAUUUGUAUAAAUAACACAAAGCUAACAUGUGGCCAAUGUACUGUACAUUUUGUUUUCUAUUCUAGUCUGCUCAGACUUCAACAAGCACUUUUGAGGAUAACUGUGUAUGAAACACAUUGUCUUAACGUGGUGUACAUGAAGCCUCUUGAUAUACAGCAUAUAUAUUUUUUUCUGUAAGAAAUGGCUUGCUCGGAAUCAUUGUUUAACGCUAAUUAGCACUUUUGGGGGGAGGGGCAAAACGGAAGAUAACCUCAUGGAUUCUAACCUUUCACAUUUUUUUUUCCUUCCUUUUAUCACACAUUGUAUAAUGCAAUCUUAAAAUAACAAUGAGUGCUAUAAUUUGUGCUAAGGUCAAAGCUACCAUGGCGAAAUAUGCUUGACAUAAAUGCAAAUCGGCUCAUUCAGUUAGGUGAAAAAGUGUAUUUUGUAUGGCAUUGUGGUUUUGUCACAAAAAUGAAAACUUUCUUUCCUCUUUAUAGGGAACUUUUAACAAUGUGGUGUUUUACAUGAAAAUAUGAUGUUGUUUUAUUCAUUAAAGAUGCUAUUUCAAAUCCAAACAUCUAGAUGAGGAUAUUCUGUUAAGACAUGUUAAAUGCGUUAUUUUAGUGAUAGUCAAAAAAAUAAAAUAAAGAUAUAUUAUCAA